AUCGGAUUUUUGCCACGUCAUCCAAUUUUCUUUAUGGCAGAAGAAAGAAGAUGGCGCGGAGGAAAAGUGAGUGGUCCGCGAGUGGUUAGAGAAAUGAGUGUAAACGAUUCACAACGUUUUCCUUUCAAAGAACUUUCCACAGAAGCCGAAGAAGUACGAGUACAAAACGCUACGAGACGUAAACACCCUCACGGACUUCGACGCGAGGAAAUAUUACGACAACACCCAGAAAUUGCCAAGUUAUAUGGACUCUAUCCCGUUUCCGGGCUUUACAUCGUUUUGCUUGUAGCCCUUCAGUGGUUACUUGCUAUAUUCUUUACUCAAUAUUUUCCUUGGUACUUGUGGAUACUUGCCACUUAUGCUGUUGGUGCAGUUAUCGACCACGCUUUAUGGGUACUUAUUCACGACGCUACACACAACCUGAUAUUCAAUUCAGUUGCUGCUAACCGUAUCAUGCUUUGUAUUGCGAAUAUUGCGCACGUCGUUCCAUCUGGAAUGAUGUUUCGAUAUUAUCAUAUAUUACAUCACAUAGAACUUAACAAAAUAGCCAAGGAUCCCGAUGUUCCUGCAAAGUGGGAAGCCAGAUUUGUUGGAAAUAAGCCUUUAAGAAAGGCGUUUUGGUUAUUUUUCUUCUUUUUAUUUCAAACCGUUCGCUUAUUUGGCUAUUCACAUCGGACCCCCAGUUAUCAGGAAAUGAAGUGGAUAGCUGCAAAUUGGUUGAUAAAUAUAUCUUUUCAUGUGACGAGCCUUGGUUUGGUGGGAAUUUCUCCGUUAAUUUUUAUGUUGUUAUCGUCCAUAUUUGCCAUCGGAUUGCAUCCUUUAGGUGCUCGUUGGAUACAGGAGCACUACCCAACGCAUCCUUUUCAGUCGACGUAUUCUUAUUAUGGUAUAGCCAACCGUGUGGCUUUUAACAUUGGUUUCCACAACGAACAUCACGACUUUCCAUCUAUUCCUUGGAAUCUACUUCCAAAACUUCGUCAGUUGGCACCUGAAUAUUACGAUACUCUUUUUGCAUACCGCUCUUAUCGUAAAUUGUUGCGUGACUUUAUUAUGGAGCCUAGAUGGAGUUUGAGUGUUCGGUGGGAGGAAGAACUGAAGCGGAAUCCUCAUGAUCCAUCGAAAACCGCAUGAUGUUUUUCGUUUUCUUUUUGUAUGACUCUUGUUGAACUAAGUGAUAACGCAAUAUUCUAUCGCCAUCACUGUGAUUGUUGAACAAGAUGAAUAUAUAUUUUUUUUGUAUAAAGUAUGUUUCUUUAUGUCGUCGUAUUGUGUAGUG